UAUUAUCCGGUCUUGCGUUGUUAUAAACAAGUGAUAGCAAUGCGCACGCUCGUUCAGCAUCUACAACGUUGGCGGUGAUACGAAGAACCAGUAUCGUCAAAGCUGUCGAAGCGAGCAACAACUCUUGUAAGCUGCUGUCGAAAAGUUCUCCAUUAUUACAAUAAUAUUCAAUUUAUAUACUACUUUGUAGACAUAAAAAUAUAUUAUAUAAUUAAUUAUGGAUGAAAAUUAUACCAAUAUGUCAUCGUCAUUAAGUACCAAUGAAUCGUUAGAUGAUAGAGAAGGUUCUAAUACAUAUAUAUUAACAUGGUGGCAACAAAUGGCUUGGAGUUUAUUGUUUGGUGUUAUGGUAUUAGCUGCUACUGGUGGCAAUCUUAUAGUUAUUUGGAUUGUGUUAACUAAUCGUAAAAUGAGAACUGUUACUAAUUAUUUUCUGUUUAAUUUAAGUAUGGCUGAUAUUAUGGUGUCGACUUUAAACGUCAUUUUUAAUUUUACUUAUAUGUUAAAUGGUAUAUGGCCUUUCGGAUCCGUCUAUUGUAAAAUUUCAAAUUUUAUAGCAAUCGUUUCGGUUGCAGCCAGUGUCUUCACUUUGAUGGCAAUUUCUAUAGAUAGGUACGUGGCCAUUAUGCAUCCAUUGAAACCUAGAAUGUCAAAAUUAACAACUAUUAAUAUAACUAUUGGAAUUUGGAUAUGUAGUAGCUUACUUUCUUUACCUAAUUUACUAUAUUCUACAAUUGAAGAAGAUGGAUAUUUAAAUGGAGAUUCACGUAACAUAUGUUAUUUGGUGUGGCCAGAUGGACCGUCUAACAAAAGUCAAACAGAUUACAUUUACAACAUUCUUAUCUUUGUUGUUACGUACAUUUUUCCUAUAAUCUCAAUGAUAUUCACGUAUUUUCGUGUGGGUCGUGAACUUUGGGGUAGUCAAAGCAUCGGAGAAUGCACAGCUCGACAAGUUGAAAACAUCAAAUCAAAAAGAAAGAUUGUGAAAAUGAUGAUCGUUGUUGUUUUUAUAUUCGCUGUAUGCUGGUUGCCCUAUCACGUUUACUUUAUUUUGGCUCAUCAUCUUCCCGCUAUUAUUGACUCGGAUUAUACACCGCAAAUUUAUCUAUUUAUUUACUGGUUGGCCAUGUCCAAUUCCAUGUAUAAUCCCAUGAUUUAUUGUUGGAUGAAUACCAGAUUCCGUCAAGGUUUCAAGAAUGUCUUCCUCUUCUGUUUAUGUCAACGUAAAUUAAGGCUUUACGAAGAAAGGCAAACAGCAGCAAAUUUUUAUAGUUGUUCCGAAGCUUAUCCCGAUGUAAGGGUCACAUGCAAUGGUAACAAAAAUGUAGCUAUGACUACCGUUACAGAAACCAUAAAUGGUAGUGGAAGUUCAAGUACACCAUUCCUUCCUCUUAAAUUCGAAAACAAGAAUAGUCGUUUGUCUAUGGUGUGAAAUGCUCACAGUUCGUAGUUUUUUGGAAUUAAAUCUAAAUAAAGAAACAAAAAUAUAUAUAAAAUAAAAGGUGCUAUAAAGAGUUUUGCAUAAAGAGUAUCAUCAAAGGAAGAAGUAAAUAAAAAAUUAUAUUCAACAUAUCUUUUAAAAACAAAACCAAAAAAUGGCCUAUACAAAACAAGAAUACAAUAAUUAUAAGGUAUUUUACUGCUGAUUUUACUAAUAAAAAAAAU